GGAUGUAAACAUUGUUUGUUUGACAGCUCUAUACUACGUGACAUCGGCUCCAAGUUUGCUGAAACUAUGGCAGAAACUGCUCCUGCUCCCGCGGCUGCUCCGGCUAAAGCCCCGAAGAAGAAGGCAGCAAAGGCGAAAAAGCCUGGACCAAGCGUGUCCGACCUUAUCGUGAAGGCGGUCGCCGCUUCCAACGAGCGCAAAGGAGUUUCCCUGGCGGCUCUGAAGAAAGCUUUGUCAGGUGGUGGAUAUGACGUUGAGAAAAACAACUCUCGCGUCAAGAUUGCUUUGAAAUCUCUGGUGAAAAAGGGGGCGCUUGUUCAAACUAAAGGCACCGGAGCGUCUGGAUCUUUCAAGGUGAGCAAGAAACCAGCCGCCAAGAAGCCCGUCAAGAAAGUUGUGGCGAAACCGAAGAAACCAGCCGUGAAGAAGGCGGCGGCCAAGGCAGCGAAGCCCAAAAAGGCAGCAGUAAAGAAACCUGCCCCGAAGAAGUCUCCCAAGAAAGUAAAGAAAGCGGCUGCGCCCAAGAAAGCCGCCAAAAGCCCGAAGAAAGCGAAGAAACCGGCUGUGAAGAAAGUGGCUAAGAGUCCUAAGAAGGUCAAAGCAGUGAAACCUAAAGCAGCGAAGCCUAAAGCCGCAAAGCCCAAAGCCGCAAAGCCCAAGGCUGCCAAAGUGAAGAAGACUCCGCUAAGAAGAAGUAAACUGCCAGACUUCACUCCAUAAACCAAAGGCUCUUGUAAGAGCCACCCCAUCUUCACAGAAGUGCAAAUGUUCCUGAUGCAUGUGAGAAGGUUAAUGCCUUUUUGAUAGACUGAGAAAAUGGUUUUGGGGGUGGAUGUGACACUUUUUGAGCUGUCUUGUAUGGAGUCUAACUUCUAAUUAUCACCAGCGCGAACGAGCAGCACAAAUAUUGCCAUGAAAGACUUUUAUCAAGAUCGGUUUGUAUAAACACAUGACAGUCUCUACCUCUGUACCUGUUGCACAAAGCCGAUUACUUGGUGUAGAUGUUCAAUCCUUCACAGAUUAGACAGAAGUGUCCGCUGGUUGGCAAGUGUCCAAAAUUUGCAUACAUUAACAUAUAAGUACAGUUUGUUUAAAGUUUGUGUGUGACUAAAUCGGAUGAGUGUGUUUUAUCACUGUCACUAUGAUUCAGGUUUUAUUUAUAUUUUGUAUUGGAUUAUACUAGACUUUCCUGUAAAUACAGCAAUACAGAACAAACAUUUAAUUUAUUCGUUGUUAAUGGUUUGUUGAAUGUUGCUAGCGAAGGCAAUAUACAUUCCAUCUUUUUUUUUUUUUUUGUAUACCAUUGUUCUAAACAUUUACUCAUAAACCUAUAUUUUGUCCAAAACCUGUUUUAGUACAAAAUUCCCAAUAAAAACAAAUAUGCUAUCAGAA